AUGUAUUGUCAAGAGGAAGAUGAGGCACACAAACCCAACAAUGCAGACGAGCUGAAGGCCGCUAGCGUCCAGCUGGUGGUUGAAGAAGAGGUUCCCCCUGAGCAGCAGGAAUGGAGCUCCAGUCUGGACCAGGAGGACCCAGAGCCCCCCCCAUACAUUAAAGAGGAACAGGAGGAACUCAGGAGCAGUCAGGAGGGAGAGCAGCUUCAAGGGCUGGAGGAGGCUGAUAUCACCAAGUCCACAUUCACUCCUGUCCCUGUGAAGAGUGAAGAUGAUGAAGAGAAACCUCAGUCUUCUCAGCUUCAUCAAAGACAAACUGAACACCUGGAAACAGAAGCUGAUGGAGAGGACUGUGGAGGACCAGAACCAGCCAGGAACUCAGAUCCAGAGAGACAUUUACAACCAGAGACUGAGGACAACCCUGGAGACUCUUCUGAACCUGAGACUGGAGACUCUUCUGAACCUGACACUGAAGACAGGGCUGAUUGGAAGGAGACCAGAGAACCAGAUUCAAACUCUCAGAGAAAUAAACAAUACCCUGUCAGUGAUUCAAGACGUAGUACAGGAGAGAAAAAAUGUGGCUGCUCAGUCUGUAAGAAAACCUUUAAACACAGAAGAAGUUUAAAGAGACACAUGAGAAUCCACACCGGAGAGAAACCAUUCAGCUGCUCAGUCUGUAAGAAAUAUUUUACACAGAGAGGACAUUUUAAGGACCACAUGAGAAUCCACACAGGAGAGAAACCAUUCAGCUGCUCAAUUUGUAAGAAAUCUUUUGCAGUGACAGGAAGUUUAAAGGACCAUAUUAGAAUCCAUACAGGAGAGAAACCAUAUAGCUGCAGUAUUUGUGACAAAAGAUUCACCUGGAGUAGUCAGGUCAAAAUCCAUAAGUGUGUUGGUCGUCAGUCCUCACAGCUUCAUCAAACUCAGACUGAGCAGAACAGAGAGGCAGAGCCUCCAGCUAGCAGCUCAGCUGAACACAUGGAAACAGAAGCUGAUGGAGAGGACUGUGGAGGACCAGAACCAGCCAGGAACUCAGAUCCAGAGAGACAUUUACAACCAGAGACUGAGGACAACCCUGGAAACUCUUCAGAACCUGACACUGGAGACUCUUCUGAACCUGACACUGAAGACAGUGCUGAUUGGAAGGAGACCAGAGAACCAGGUUCAAGCUCUCAGAGAAAUAAACAAAACUCUGUCAGUGAUUCAAGACGUAGUGCAGGAGAGAAACCAUUCAUCUGCUCAGUCUGUGAGAGAACUUUGAAAUCAUUCAGCUGCUCAGUCUGUAAUAAAUAUUUUAAACACAGUGGAACUUUAAAGCAGCACUUGAGAAACCACACAGGAGAGAAACUAUUUAUCUGCUCAAUUUGUAAGAAAUCUUUUGCAGUGAGAGGACAUUUAAAGGGCCACAUGAGAAUACACACGGGAGAGAAACCAUUCAGCUGCAGUGUUUGUGAGAAAAGAUUCACCUGGAGUCAUUAUGUCAAAAGACAUAAGUGUGUUGGUCGUCAGCCCUCACAGCUUCAUCAAACUCAAACUGAGGAGAACAGAGAGGCAGAGCCUCCAGCCAGCAGCUCAGCUGAACACCUGGAAACAGAAGUUGAUGGAGAGGACUGUGGAGGACCAGAACCAGCCAGGAACUCAGAUCCAGAGAGACAUUUACAACCAAAGACUGAGGACAACCCUGGAGACUCUUCAGAACCUGAGACUGAAGACAGGGCUGAUUGGAAGGAGACCAGAGAACCAGACGUCCAGCAGCUGGUGGUGGUUAAAGAAGAGGUUCCCCCUGAGCAGCAGGAGUGGAGCUCCAUUCUGGACCAGGAGUACCCAGAGCCCCCCCCACACAUUAAAGAGGAACAGGAGGAACUCUGGAGCAGUCAGGAGGGAGAGCAGCUUCAAGAGCUGGAGGAGGCUGAUAUCACCAAGUUCACAUUCACUCCUGUCCCUGUGAAGAGUGAAGAUGAUGAAGAGAAACCUCAGUCCUCUCAGCUUCAUCAAAGACAAACUGAACACCUCGAAACAGAAGCUGAUGGAGAGAACUGUGGAGGACCAGAACCAGCCAGGAACUCAGAUCCAGAGAGACAUUUACAACCAGAGACUGAGGACAACAACAAGGAUGACAUAUUCUGUUCAUUUUCAGGUUGGUAUUAGUAUGUUUUCUUCACUGGGACAU